CUCUACUCAGCUGAUUAACACAUUGAUUUUCCCUCACUUUAUACAAACGAACAAUUUCUACACGUUCUAGAGUAUUCAAGAUCAUGUUUUAGCAUCUAAAGCUCCCAACGUGGAAACAAUUAAAAGUUAGAGAAAUCUAAAUCAGCAUGUUACAGAGUUCAAACCUUAGUCUUAUAUAUUCAGCUCAGGGGAUGGAAUCUGAUGAGAACAUAUCUAGGUCUGGAAUAGAUUGUUCCUACUCCAGGUUUAGGAAACCGGACGACUGACAAAGAAAACAAUGCGCUUUUCGCCCUAAUAAACACAAUACUUUAAACUUAAGUGAUUUAGGAAAAAAAUUCUUUCCUAAAAAACCUCCCUAGUGAAGUUAGAAAAGUGCUUUUAAAGCUUUCUAACUAGUUUCUCCUGGUUUAUCUUGGUGUCGAAUAUCAGUCUUGAAAUUGCAAGAAUUCAGUUCUUGAAACUUUGUACUCCGGGUCGGAGGCAUGGUUCACCACUUCGGAAAGGUUUUGACGGAGGAGGAGGAGCAGGGACUUAAUGAGAGUCCGUCCAGUGAGAGGUUGUUGGGAUACAAAUACUGUGAGGUGAUGACUGAAUCUAUUCCGGAGAAAAAGAAUUCUAUCACUAGUAUCUCAUCCUUCUCAAGGACUAGCAAUGAUCUGCAGACACAACGUAGUAUUGAGAAGGACAUGGUCGUCCUCAACCCUGGUACAGAGGACGAGAUCGAGGUGUGGGGGUACAAGAGGAACCCUUUCAAGGAGUUCUUGACCCUCCUGGUUGUGAUCUGUAGCUUUGGUAUGGUUGGAUUGUUCCUGUACUGGGUUGAACACUACAGGCUCUACUGUACAUCUUCUCUUUGUUCUCUUAGAGAUGCAACCAGUGUUCUUAUUGUGGACAGCUACAAGGGGAUCCAUAUCACGAGGUAUGUCAAGAAAGUGAAGACGAUCAGACACGAGGACGAGGAUAUUCUUAUACCAGUUCAGGGAACAGCGGACUUCAAGAAUGUGAAUACAAUCCGGUUUUUUAACAUAAAGAAACGAAAAUAUAUUUGGAGUAACGAGGAUAUGAAGUUUGUUGAAUGUCAGGGGAUGGAUAAAAAUAUCCGUCUGGUUCAGCUACACAGCUACUCUGCUGGCAUCUCGGAGCAGGAGUCGGAGAUGAGGAGAACCCUGUACGGAGAUAAUGAUAUCAAGGUUCCGGUUCACUCGAUCCCUGUUCUCCUGGUCAAGGAGAUCUUGACUCCGUUCUACGUGUUCCAGGUGUUUAGUGUAUGCUUCUGGUACGCUGAUGAUUACUGGUUGUAUGCCUCUGCUAUUCUGUUAACCAGCUUGAUAAGCUUGGGUGCAGCACUGUACAAUACUAGAACAAACCAACAUAAUCUUAGAGAUACCAUCAUCAGCAGCGAAUCCGUUAUCGUCUUUCGUCCGGACGGAUCCAAGGAGACGAUCAUGUCCAAGGAUCUGGUUCCUGGAGAUCUUAUCGAGGUCCCUGAUCAUGGUUGUCAGAUGCACUGUGAUGCAGUAUUGGUUGAGGGUCAGGCAAUCAUGAAUGAAUCCAUGUUGACGGGGGAGAGUGUCCCCAUCACUAAAACCAGCGCCGUCAACGAGGACGAGAGAUACAACAGCAAGGAGCAUGAGAAGCACACCUUGAAAUGUGGAACCCAGGUUAUCCAGACUAGGAAGAAGAAGGAUCAAAUCGUUAAAGCAGUUGUAAUCAGAACCGGAUACUUGACUACUAAAGGAGAUCUGGUUCGAUCCAUCCUGUAUCCUCCUCCAGUGGACUUCCAGUUUGAAUCUGACAGCUACAAAUUUGUUAUAUUCCUAGCGUGUGUUGCUACGGUGGGAAUGAUCUAUACGCUAGCUAAGAUGGUUAUUAUUGGAGAGGAUGGAAGUACUAUUGUUCUAGAAGUCUUUGAUUUGAUAACUAUAGUUGUACCUCCUGCUCUUCCAGCUGCUAUGACCAUAGGAAUAGUUAUUGCUCAGCAAAGGUUGAAGAAGAAGAAUAUAUUCUGUAUAUCUCCGAGAACAAUUAAUGUGGCAGGAUCUAUAAAUUGUGUCUGUUUCGAUAAGACUGGAACCAUUACAGAGGAUGGGAUGGAUAUGUGGGGAGUUAUUCCUUGUCAGACAGGACUAGAAACUGUUCUCCAUGAUAAUAAUAAAACUGAGAGAGAGUUUUCCGAGCCUACCAGGAACAUCUCUGACCUGAAGACAGAAAGUAAGAUGUUGGUCGGGAUGGCAGUUUGUCAUGAGUUGAAUGUGAUCGAAGGAGAGACUAUGGGAGAUCCACUGGAUGAGAAGAUAUUUGAAUCUACUAAAUGGAGUUUAGAACAGGACGGAGAUGAACAGAAUCAAGUGGAUCAGUUAUUGAUGCCCUAUGUGAAAUCUCCUCUGUGCCAGGAUGAAUCCGUUCUACAGGCAGCUCCGCAGAGAUUGUUCCAGUUCAGCUCCGACAACCAGUGCAUGUCCGUGAUCUGUCGUGUGUUCCAGGAGGAGCUGGAGGGAGGGUUCACCGAACCACAAUGUAUCAUCUUCUGCAAAGGGAGUCCGGAGAAAAUUGGAAAAAUUUGUAAACCUGAAACCAUUCCCCUGGAUUAUGCUGAAACUCUGGAUAAAUAUGCUAGUUUUGGAUACAGGAUUAUAGGUAUAGCCUGUAGAUAUAUUCCAACCAAUCUGACAAAGCUUGGAAAAUUGAACAAGAUGCUGAGAUCAGAGAUAGAAUCUGAUUUAACCUUCCUUGGUCUGAUUAUCCUGGAGAAUAGGAUUAAACCGGUCAGCGCAACUGUAUUUAAGGAACUUCACGGAGCUAAUAUACGUCCUGUAAUGGUUACAGGAGAUAAUAUAUUGACUGCUGUGAGUGUGAGUAGAAACUGUGGAUUACUACAGGAUGGAGAUAAACUUAUCCGAGUUGUUGCUUCUCAGGACGGAGAUAAUCAUGUAAUCAAGUAUCAUGUUAUAGCAGAGGAUGGAACUCCACUAGAGGAGAGCAAGGACAGAAAGAUUAAUAUUGACAACUCAUAUCAUUUUGCUUUGGAUGGGUUUACAUUUGAUAUCAUUGCUAAACAUUACAAAGAGGAACUUUUGCCCUACAUAGCUCGGCGUGGAACCGUGUUUGCGAGGAUGCGUCCUGAUAUGAAGCAGGAGCUGGUUGAAACCCUCCAGGAUCUGGGAUAUUUUGUAGGGAUGUGCGGAGACGGAGCUAAUGAUUGUGGAGCAUUGAAAGCCGCUCAUUCAGGGAUAUCCUUGUCAGAAUCUGAGGCCAGCGUAGCUUCUCCCUUUACGUCUAAGACCCCGGAUAUAUCAUGUGUUCCACAGCUUAUCCGAGAGGGUAGAGCAGCGCUAGUGACAUCAUUCGGGAUAUUCAAGUACAUGGCAGCCUAUUCCAUAACUCAGUUUGUCUCUGUCAUGAUUCUAUACGAGAUAUUUUCUAAUCUCUCAGAUACUCAGUUUCUCUACAUCGAUCUCUUCGUGAUAACAACACUGGCAGCUUUCUUUGGACUUAACCGAGCAUACGAAGGUCGACUGGCCAGCUCACCUCCUGAAAACUCUUUAAUAUCCCCCCUUCCUCUCUUCAGUCUUAUUUGUCAGCUAGCCAUAGUAACCGCUUUCCAGGUGCUAGCUCUACGGUUUACCCAGAUGCAAUCCUGGUUUGUGGAGUUCAACGAUGAGGAAGCUUGCUUUAACGGUACUAUAGCAGAAGAUAACUUUAACAGUUCUGGACUCCUGGAUUUGGAAAAAUGUACUGCUGACGAAAGUCCUGUAGCUUGUUAUGAGAACUAUGCUAUAUUUAGUGUUUCACAGUUUCAAUACAUCAUCCUGGCGAUAUCCUUCGCUAAGGGGGCUCCGUACAGGACGCAUCUCUUUUAUAAUAUCCCUCUUUUGGCGGAUAUUGUUGUACUUACCUCCUUCUCUUUAUAUUUAACCAUUUCACCACACGUUGUCUUCAUAUCUGGGUUUAUUACAGGAUUUGAACUGUUUCAUCCCCCUGAAGAGUUUAUGAACUUCAGGUUGGAGCUCAUUGGUCUGGCUGCAGCUAAUCUUGUAGCCAGUGUGUUCUGUGAGUUGGUUGUAGCAGAUAUCCUAGUUAAGAAGAUUAUAAAGAAGAAGAAUCAGUUCUAUGAUAGACUGGAAAAGGAGCUGAAGAAUAAACCUGACUGGCCUCCUCUCUCCGAUUCCUCCGCCACGUCCGCACCUCCCACUUUCGUUGCUGAGAUCUCCAACCGUAACCACGUUAUUAUAACAGAGAAGGGAAUAUCAGAUCCCUCGGAUGCAUUUGACAAUUUAUUCUCAACUCCGCCCAGUGCUUCUCAUAAAUCCGCCGCAGUUCUACUCAAUCCUCCGCCUUACAGUCCUAGGAAGGAGCCGAAUGGAGUGUUGGUCAACCUGAAACCUACCGAAGGAGUAGAUUCCAACAGUUCAACUCCUUACAAAAAACCUGAAUCCUCAACAACCUCUACUCCGGGUCUUACUGAGACUGAUAGCUCCGUGUCUAUCAGUAAGUUUGCCAGCUGUAACAGUAUCCUGGAGGAGAAUGGAGAAGGAAACCAGGAUUUGAACCAGGAAAGCUGUCUUGUUAGCUCUCCAAACAAAUUUCGGUGACAUUCAGAAAACUGGUAUUUUAAAAAUAUAUAUAAUCAUUAUAA